AUGCUUCAAUUCUUGAUCCUUGUGGCCAUCGGUCUCCUUUCUUUCCUGGCACGGGAUGUUGCUAGCAUCGUCCUUGAUGUUGAUGAUACACAAUCCAUUCUGGAGGCGGCCGCUCUGACCGCUCGAGGCGUAAUUGACCUGUAUAACGGCAAUCAACCCGGGGGAACUCUAGGAAAAUGGCCCUUUCCGCCCUACUACUGGUGGGAGAGUGGCGGCGCAUGGGGUGGGUUGAUGGAAUACUGGCAUUACACCGGCGACGACAGCUAUGUCAAUCUCACGCAAGAAGGACUCAUUGCUCAACUUGGCCCCAAAUAUGACUUCAACGUUCCUGCCGAAGCCUUCGACACCGGAAACGAUGACCAAGCCUUCUGGGUCUUUGUGGCCAUGUCCGCGGCCGAAUAUUCCUUCCCUCAAUUGCCUGCUCCCUACCCAUCCUGGGUGCGGAUUGUCAGCAAUGCUUGGGAAGAUUAUGUUACGCGCUGGAAUUCUUCAAGAUGCAACGGAGGGUUGAAAUGGCAGUUCAAUCCUCAGAACGCAGGCUACUACUACAAGAACAGCGUCUCCAACGGCGCAUUCUUUCAGCUCUCGGCGAGGCUGGCCAGGUUUACAGGCAACCAAACAUAUGUACUUUGGGCGGACACGAUCUGGGAUUGGGCAUCGGCAAUCGGCCUGGUGGACAAUAUCUACAAUGUCUUUGACGGGACUGAUGAAACUAUCAACUGUACCGGCAUUGACCACCAUCAAUGGACUUACAAUGUUGGCGUCUUCUUGUACGGCGCGGCAGUGCUGCAGAACUACACCAACGGAUCUUCACCUUGGAUCGAGCGGACCGCAGGCCUUCUCGACUCAACCAAUACUUUCAUCAGUCCCUUUCGCAAUGCAUCCAACAUCCUGUUCGAGGCGCAAUGCGAGCUCUCCAUGUCCUGCAAUGUCGACCAGCUGUCAAUGAAGGCCUAUCUCAUUCGGUGGAUGGCCGCGACGUCGAAGUUGGCGCCUUUCUCGGCAGGUCGAAUUGGUGAGGUGCUUCGAGCCUCCGCUCAAGGUGCAGCAGCAUCAUGUACGGGAGGUGGAGAGAACAAUACAUGUGGCAGUAAGUGGUACAUUGAGGGGUGGGAUGGUACAACCGGGCUGGGUCAACAGCUCUCGGCACUGGAAGUCAUGUACUCUCUCCUGGUCAAUGAGACCAAUCCACCCGCCACCUACCCAGAUGUCUCCAUUCUGCCUGCCCCCCAGUCGCCGACAAUCACCGCUACUGCCACCGAAGGACUGCCAACUGCCAGUGGUAUCGCUCGUCCGCUUCACGAUGGAGCGGCGAUCAUUCAAUCCAGGGCCCAGAAUAAGAUUCGGCCCCUUGUCGCUGCCUUUAUCACCUCAUUAGCAGUAAUACAAAUCCUCCUGUUCCUCACCGUCUCCCUCGCCGUGUGCGGCCUGCUUGAAAUGAGCGACAUGGGCGUCUCCCUCCUCUCGUCCUCCGGCCAGGGCGUGCUCGACAUUCACAACGAUAACGGAGGCGGCGCCGGUGGUGAUGGUGGAAAGGAGGACAUUGGACAAGAGAAGGAACCCGCGCGGCCCUCGGCGCAGACAAGAUAUGCCUACAAAUACACAACACUGGAUGGGUACUUCCUCCAAGACGAUCUCUCGACGGUCGCCGCAGAUUUCGACUUCAUGGCCACAAACUUUGGCCUCAUCGACCGGGAGUACAACUCGGACGAGUCGCUCCCUGACAACGGACGGGACAUGACGGUGUGGCAGAGGUUCGAGCACCAUAUUUCUUCAUUGAACCGCGCUGCGCAGGACGACGAUGACGACGACGACGACGGAGAUGACGACAGGAGAAACAGAAAACGCCACGGGUCCUCGGCGAGGUAUCUACUUCUGUUCCUCGGCCGGCAUGGAAACGGCUACCACAACAUCGCCGAGCGCUACUAUGGUGGCGAGGCGUGGGACUGCCACUAUUCAGCGCUGGAUGGCGACCCGGACGGGAUAAUGACCUGGAGCGACGCUCAUCUGUCAAAGGAAGGACAGAGACAAGCGAGGGAGGUCAAUUCGUUCUGGACAAGACAACUCGCCGAGCAGAAGAUGAGUUUGCCGGAAUUGUGGCUGGCGAGUCCCCUCGAUAGGGCGAUGGAGACCGCCGACAUCACAUUUGAUGGCAUACUACCAGGUGGAGCCAAGUUGGAGGCCAUCGUGAUGGAGAAGUUGAGGGAAGGUACCGGCAUCCACACGUGCGACAGACGGAGCGAUGUUUCACGCAUCCGCCAACGGUUCCCGACCUUCAACGUCGACCUGGACCAGUAUCUGACGGAAACAGAUGAGUUCUGGGAUCCGGACCGACGGGAACCAGACACGGCCUUGACAGAGCGCCUGAGAGCUUUUAUGGACAGUCUCAUGGACCAGCACGAGCUGAUUGGCGGCAAAGAGAGGCUCAGCAUAACCAGUCACUCUGGUGCGAUCGGUGCUCUGUUGAGGGUGUUGAACCACCGGCAGUUCAGUCUGGGCACCGGAGCUGUGAUUCCUGUGCUUAUCAAGGUCGACAAGGUUCCUCUCGAUGAUGACCAUGAUGACGCAGACAGAUCGAGGAACGCCAAAAGAUCCGUUUUGAGCAAGGAUAAGCGGCACGGCGGAUCGGGAGAGGGAGGAAACCACGAAGAACCCAAGCUGAACCUGCCUGACAAUGACAGCGGGGAAGGUGAAAAAGGCACAGAGAACGCAAAUCAGACAUCAGACAGUGACGCGAAUGACCGCUCGAAAUGGCAGCCCAUCCCGUCCUGCCCUGCGGACAUGGACCUCCCCACUAUUGGCCACAGCCGCUGGGGCGUCGGGCUGAGAGAGUACCUCGAGGGCGUGGAGAAUGGGACAAUAACCAUUGUUUAA